GAACCAAAAUUACGCAAACCAAAUUGCAAAAAAGUCUCCAUUUUCACACUCUCCACAGACACACUCUUUAUCACUUUGUUGUAUCAAAAAAGAACACAAAUUUCUCUCUUUCUCUCUGUCUUUAUCUCAACUUUAAACACUUCACAAAGAUUCAGAAGGAAAAAAAAGAUGGUUAAGUCACGUAAACCACCAAGUGGACGUACAAAUUUAGCUUCAUGUAUAGUCGCAACCAUUUUCUUGAUUUUCAUCAUCAUUGUAAUCUUCAUCAUUUACUUCACCAUUUUCAAACCAAAAAAUCCUGUUAUAACCGUUAAUUCCAUUCAACUUCCAACAUUCUCUACUUCUAACAACACGGUUAACUUCUCGUUUUCUCAGUACGUGUCCAUUGAGAACCCAAACCAUGAUGUUUUUGCUCAUUAUGAUAGUUCAUUACAGUUGCUUUAUUCGGGUAAUCAAAUCGGGUUUAUGUUUGUACCCGCUGGUAAGAUUAAUUCGGGUCGGACUCAACAUAUGGCUGCUACAUUUUCAGUUAAGUCUUUUCCUUUAUUAGUGAAUGGUGUGGGACCUACUACAGUUACUGAUGGGUUGAGUGGGUCUCGGGUCGGGCCAAGUAUGGAAGUGGAGUCCAGGUUGGAAAUGGCGGGUCGGGUCAGAGUGCUACAUUUCUUUACGCAUCAUGUUGAGACUAAAUCUGAAUGUAGAGUGGCUAUUUCUGUCAGUGAUGGAUUUGUUACAGCUUUCCACUGUUAAUUUUUUUAGUACUGAGUUUUAAUAUAUAUAUUUUUUUGUUUAGUUAAUUUUUUGUUGUUUGGUGAUGAAUUUUUCAGAGGAAUUGUAAAUAUUGUUUUAUUUUUUUUUUUUUUUGCCACCUGGCAUCCGGUA